AAAAAAAAAAAAAAAAAAUGGCCGAGGCUUGUAUUUGUGCGGUCUGUCAGAAUGCUGCUGGAAAUGUUGUUGGGAAAUUGUUUUGUAAAAUUCUGUCUCCUAUCUCAAAUCCAAUCACUCUUGUGCGCAACUGCAACAACAAUAUUAACAAUCUGACGCAACGAGCUGAUGAGUUGAAGCUUAAAAAAGUGACUGCAGAUGACUAUGUUGAUCUCGUUCACAGAAGAGGGCAAGAAAUCGUACAAGAGCUCGAGGAUUGGCUGACUAGUGCCUACAAUCUCACUAAAGAUGCGGACAGAUUAGCAGCUGAUUCCGAAGGAAAUGCCAAGAAGAAGUGUUUCUUUGGGCUGUGUCUCAAUCCCAUAUCUCGUUACCAACUCAGCAAAAAUGCAAAGGAGAAUUCCGAGGCUAUUGUUCAUCUUUUGGGAAAACCUUGUGUGCCUAACCUCCCCAAUUCCUACAUUCACUCAAGAAAGGAUGUUCUCGAGAGGAUCAUGCAGGCACUGCAAAGUCAAAGCAGCAGCAUUAUAGGGGUGCACGGGAUGCCUGGCAUGGGGAAGACGAUGCUGGCCAAAGAAGUUAAAAGAAAAGCAGAGCAAGACAACUUGUUCGAUGCGGUAGUCAUGGUUCUUGUUUCAAGGAAUGCAGACUUGAAAAAGAUUCAAGGUCAAAUUGCCCGUGGCUUGGGUCUAGAUCGGCUUCCCAAUGGAAUUACAACUCAGGAUGUGGCUGAACGUAUUAAAGAAAGGCUGAAGAAAAUGAAGAAGUUUUUAAUCAUUUUGGAUGAUAUUUGGAGGCCUGGAAUAGAUUUGGAGGAGCUUGGAAUUCCUCUUAGAAACGAGCCAAAAAAGAUUGAGGGGAGCUCGUCAAGAGAAGAAUAUGCAGAACGCAAAAUUCUGCUAACUUCCAGAGAUGCUAAUGUUUUAUCAGAUCUGAUGGGUUCUCAACAAAACUUUCCACUUCAUCAAUUAAAAUAUGAAGAAGCAUGGGAGUUGCUUAAAAGGAUAGUCGGUGACCGGGCAGAGAGAGAUGAUAUACAUAGCGCAGCCAUUGAGAUUGUCCGGAAAUGUGGGGGCUUGCCCCUUGCAAUUACAACAAUGGCAAAGGCUUUGAGAAAUAGGGAGCCUUACGAAUGGAUGGAUGCUGUGAGAAUACUAAAAAGGCCCUCUUCAGAAAACUUUGAUGGCAUAGCUGCAAAUGUUUAUUCCGCUAUUGAGCUCAGUUACUCUCAUUUGGAAAGCGAGAAGCUCAAGAAGACAUUUUUGCUUUGUUGCCUAAUCGGUCACGGGUAUUCCAUUCAAUACUUGUUGAUGGUUGGUGUGGGCUUAGGCUUAUUUGCUAACACCAUAGAGCAAGCACGAAAUGAAGUACUUACUUUGAUAAGAAAGCUCAGAGCCUCUUCUUUGCUCAUUGAUAAUUCUGACAGUAAUUAUUUUGAUAUGCAUGACCUUAUUCAUGAUGUGGCUGUAUCAAUUGCAAGUAGGGAUCGUCAUGGGUUGCUGCUAACAGGUGAUCAUGAACCGAAGGAGUGGUCAGACAGGAAGGAAAUGAAAGGUUUCAAAUGGAUUAGGCUGCAAAAUGCUAAUAUUAAUGGGCUUCCUGAUGAGUUUGAAGGUCGUCAGCUUACCUUUUUUAGUUUGGAAAAUAAUGAAGCUUCUCUGAAAAUUCCAGAAGAAUUUUUCGAGGGAAUGGAGGAACUCAAGGUGCUGGAUUUGGCUGAAAUGCAUUUUACUUCCCUACCUUCAUCAAUUUGCCUCCUAAAAGUCCUCCAUACAUUAUGUUUUUAUGGUUGCUCGUUGGGAGACAUAAGCAUUAUUGGAAAGCUGAAGAAUUUAGAAAUUCUGAUCAUUAGUUGUUCUGAUAUUGAAGAGCUACCAAGGGAAAUUGGCGAGUUGACUCAGCUAAAGUUGUUAGAUCUGAGUUGCUGCUCUGAACUAAAAAUAAUUCCGCAGCAUGUCUUGGCAAGGAUGUCCAGAUUAGAGGAACUGUACCUGGGAAAAGGCUUCGAUGGAUGGGGGGUUGAGGAAAAUGAAAAUCAAAGAAAUGCGAGCCUUGCUGAGUUGAAGCAUUUGAAGAAAUUAACUAAUUUAGAGGUAUGCAUUCCUGAUAUUCAAAUGAUCCCAAAAGAUUUCUUCUUUGAAAAUUUGAAAAGAUUCGAGAUCUUUAUUGGACCUAAGUGGGAAGACCAGGAUAGUUCCUUUGGAAGCUCAAGAAUAUUGAAGUUGCAUUUAAAUGCAUCCAUUAGUUUUAACUAUUCAGUUAAAAUGUUGUUGAAGAUGACUGAAGAGCUACAUUUAAGGGAGUUGGCAGGUGUACAGAAUGUGGUUGAUGAGUUAAAUGCUGAAGGUUUUCCAGAUUUGAAGUAUCUCUAUAUCCAAAAUGCUCCAGAGGUUCAACAUAUCAUUAAAUUAGCGAAGGGGGUUCCUUUCAAUGCAUUUCCCAGCUUGGAAGAAUUAUUUCUCCAGAAUUUGAUUAAUUUGGAGAAGAUAUUUCAAGGCCGGUUCAGAGAGACAGCUUUUAACAAUUUAAAAACUAUUACCAUUGAAUGUUGUGAUGAGGUAAAGAAUUUGUUCUCUUCCUCUAUAGCCAGACAGCUUCGUCAUCUACAAGAAAUUUCAGUGACAGAUUGCAGCAAUAUGGAAGAGAUUGAGUUGCAAUUAUCUUGGAUUAAUGUUGAAAUCAUAUGGCAUACUUCGAUGACAUCUUCUUAUAUUAAGAAAUUGACGAAGUUGAUCAUUAAGCACUGUGAUAAUUUGGAAUAUCUAUUCACAUCUUCUAUGGCUAGAGAUGUGGUGAUGCUUGAACACCUUGAAAUAGAGGGAUGCAGGAAGAUGGGAAAGGUUAUUUUUACAGAGAAUGAAGCAGAAAAUGGGAGUUUGAUUUUCCAUCAAUUGAGGAUUCUAGAGAUAAAAAGCCUUCCAAAACUCGAAAGAUUCUGCCAUGGGAAUUACAUCGAAUUCCCCUGUCUUUCGAAACUUUUGAUCGAGAGCUGCCCUGUAUUAAAGAAGUUCAUCUCAUCAAGCUCUAGUUUGGACACUUGUCCACCUCUAUUUGACAUGAAGGUGAUAUUCCCCAAACUCGAGCAACUAAUGAUUAAAUAUAUGAGAAACUUGGACAAGAUAUGGGACAACCAACCUGAUGCAAGUUCUUUUUGCCAACUAAAUUAUCUUAGUGUGAAUUCAUGUAACAAGCUACUAAAUAUUUUCCCAUUUAGUAUGCUGGAAAGGCUUCAGAGACUAGAUAAGUUAGAGAUACGGAACUGUAAUUCACUUGAAGAGAUAUUGUCUGAAGGGCUUGAUGCUGGCCAAUCACAAACUCAAAAAUUCACGCCACCAACUUUGAUGGAAUCUGUUGUAAAGUUUGUGUUUCCAAAAUUGACGCAGCUAGACCUUUAUUUUCUGCCCAAACUGAAGGCCUUGUGUCAUCAAAUGCAUACUAUUGAAUGGCCAUCAUUGAAAAAAUUGACAGUGUAUGGAUGUGAACAAGUACAGAUAUUUGCUUCAGAACUCUCAAGCUUCCCAAGAACAAAUGGAGAUGAUCAACUCGAAGUUUCUCUUUUCUGGACAAGCAAGGCUACAUUCCCCAGUCUAGAAGAAAUGAGAUUGGAUUGGAAUGGUAAUAUGAAAGAGAUAUGGCAUGGGCAGCAUAUUCCAGGGGAUUAUUUUCUCAAAUUAAAAGUUCUUGAACUCAGCAACUUGCCUCGGCAAUUAGUUGUCCAGCCUUUUCUGUUUCAGGCUCCGAAUCUUGAAAAGCUUGUUGUGAGUGGAGCUUCCUUUCAUGAUAUAUUCAAAUGCCAAGGACUUGGUGGUGUGGAAAAACCUGCACUUGCAUUUACUCAAUUAAGUGGAUCAGGGUUGUCUGAACUUCACGAGUUAACAUGUCUCAGGAAGGAAGAAUCAAAUUUGGAAUCAGUUUUCUCUAACCUGAAUAUUCUUGAAGUGCUACGGUGUAGCAAAUUAAAGAAUUUAGUGCCAUCCUUUGUAUCUUUCAAGAAUUUGACAACUUUGGAAGUAACUGCAUGUCAUGAACUCAUAUAUUUAAUUGAUUACUCAACAGCCAAAAGCAUGGUGCAACUCACAAGAAUGAGUAUAAGUGAAUGUGAUAUGUUAAAGGAAAUUAUGGCGUGUGUGGAUGAUGAAGUGAAGGAUGGCAUUGUCUUUAGCCAACUCAAGUAUUUGCAACUUUGUGUUCUACCAAGAUUGGCAAGCUUUUGCUCGGGAAGUUGCAACUUUGAAUUCUUAUCUUUGGAAGAAGUAAUUGUGAGUUGCCCACAUAUGCAGAUCUUCUCUCGCGGGGAAUGCAGUAGCCCUAAAAAAUUGCAAAAGGUGAAGUUGACAAAAGAUGGAGAUGAAGAGUUUUGGGAGGGCAACCUUAAUAGCACCAUACAAAAGAUGUUCAUAGAAAAGGUUGGAUACUGUGGGUUGGAGAAUUUAAAGUUCUCUGAAUUUCCUGAGUUGAUUGAAAUUUGGAAUAAGAAACCUCAAGAAAUCUUGCCUUUCAAAAGCCUUGGAUCUCUAGAAGUUUGUAACUGUAACAGUUUCAGAUACCUUCUAACCACUUCUAUGGCGUUGGGCCUCACGCAACUCUGGCGUUUGAAAGUUGCAAACUGUGCUGCAAUGGAGCAAGUGAUCAUAGGAGAAGGAGCUGAGGACCUGCUUCCUGAGCUAUUCACUAUUAUUUUAGAGUCUUGUCCCAACUUGAAAUGUUUCUAUGAGGGAAGUAGUCGGCUUGAGUUUCCACGGUUGUACAAAAUUACAGUUAUUAACUGCCCAGCUUUGGCUGCUUUUGCUUCUUCAUUUUCAAGUGACCAAAAGAAAGAGAUAACAACUAAUGACACAGAAAGUGAAGAAAGUCCUGUUAUCCCUACUCAACCUUUCUUCAGUGAUAAGGUUGCAUUUCCUGACUUGAAACAGUUGACUAUCACCCACUUGAAAAACUUGGAGAUAAUAUGGCACAACAAAGUGCAUGCAGAUUCCUUUUGCAAACUGGAAUCAUUAACAGUUGAAAAUUGUGACAAGUUAUUGGCUGUUUUUCCUUCUACUGAGGCUGCAUUUCCCAACUUGGAAGGGUUGACUAUCACCCACUUGAAAAGCUUGGAGAUGAUAUGGCACAGCAAAGUGCAUGCAGAUUCCUUUUGCAAACUGGAAUCGUUAACAAUUGAAAAUUGUGACAAGUUAUUGACUAUUUUUCCUUCUACUGAGGUUGCAUUUCCCAACUUGGAACGGUUGACUAUCAACUACUUGAAAAACUUGGAGGUGAUAUGGCACAGCAAAGUGCAUGCAGAUUUCUUUUGUAAACUGGAAUCCUUAACAGUUGUAAAUUGUGACAAGUUAUUGACUGUUUUUCCUUCUACUGAGGCUGCAUUUCCCAACUUGGAACGGUUGACUAUCAGCCACUUGAAAAACUUGGAGAUGAUAUGGCACAGCAAAGUGCAUGUAGAUUCCUUUUGCAAACUGGAAUCAUUAAAAGUUGUAAAUUGUGACAAGUUAUUGACUGUUUUUCCUUUUACUGAGGCUGCAUUUCUCAACUUGGAACGGUUGACUAUCACCCACUUGAAAAACUUAGAGAUGAUAUGGCACAGCAAAGUGCAUGUAGAUUCCUUUUGCAAACUCGAAUCAUUAACAGUUGAAAAUUGUGACAAGUUAUUGGUUGUUUUUCCUUCUACUGAGCUAAUAUGUUCCUCAUUUCACUUUCGUUUUGGUUUUAAUUUUGGGGACUAAUAAUUGUCCUUAUCCUUUCACUGUCAAUGGCAUGAUGCAUUCAUUCAUUUUGUAGGUUGCAUUUCUCAAUUUGGAAUUAGAUUUGACAAUUCUUAGCUUGAUGCGUUAGCUUGCCUAUGACCUACCUAUUUAAAAUGGGUUAAGGUCAGUCAUUUCUGAUUUGUGACUUCUUAAUAACCCAUUAAGAGAACC